GGAGGUGGCACGGAAGCUGGCUGCACGCAGUUGCUUCUGGCCCUGCCGCCGGGCAGAGCCUGGCUCGACGCGGCGCUGAACGGCGAGCUGGUGGCGGGGCUGCCGCUGGGGGCUGGUGCACGUGUCCUGGCGCGGGUCCAGGACGACGUCGGGGCGCCGCAGGGCGUCGAGAUGCCCGAGGUCGAGGUCGCCUACCAGGCGGACGCUUUCGGCAGAUUCUUCAAGGCCCGGCAGGUGGGCGCCAGCGACCCGUACUUCUCAUGGUGCAGCGCCAACAAGUGCGGGACGGUCGCUCCAGCUGGCGCUGUGGUCGAGCACUUGGACGUGUGGCAGGUGGUGGACCCCCGCGACGUGGCCCGCGAGCAGGCGAAGCUCAUCUGCCCAGCAGCGGAUCCUGGGGCGCCUGUGCGGGCCGACGCGCCCUCGGCCGAGCCAUUGCCUGGAGAGCUCGGCGGCUGGCCGCUCGGGGAUGGGGGCAACAUAGGCGAGGAGGAGCCUCGCGGGCCUCCGCACAAGUGUGCCCGCGCGGUGGAGGGCACCCAGACCCCGGGCGGUCCAGGAGAGGCGAGCCCACUCGACCAGGAGAUCGCAGGGCUCGAGGAGACCGCCGAGGACCCCGAGCUCGAGGCGCGGCUGGCGCGGCUGGAGGGCAGGGCAGCUCGUGGUGUGCCGAGGCAGGGCACGCCCGAGAACGCUGCGGGCCCGGCAGGAGCCGAAGGCAAGCGCCUGGCACAGGGCGUGAGCAUCAAGCGCGACUUGUUCGGCAGGAUCGCUCGACAGCGGCCCGACGCUCUCCUCGCGAAUGGGCUUGGCCACCUGCGCAGCCAGUUCACUCAGCAGAUGUCCGCAGGCGAGGCGGACCUGCUGGCCCCGUGUGUCACACAGUUCCUGAACACGGUGUUCUUCGAUGCUCACCCGCCGCGGACGCUGAGGUCAGUCGAGGGGCGGGUCUUCCGCACGCUGGGGCUGGCGCUCGACGGCAUCCUGCGCGGGGAGGUCAUCGAGACUGCGGAUCUGGUCAUGCAGGAGUUCAAGGCGCGGUCGAUGGCCAUCCGCGACGGAAACUGGCGGUCGGCACGAAGGCUCACGCUGGUCGCGCAGGAACAGCUUCCGUCAGACACCUCUCUGGACGAGGAGAAUGCUGCCGAGAAGGUCGAGGCCCGGGAGCUGAGGGUCGCCGAACUCCGCCAACGACUUGCAGACUGCAGGCCGGGCUGGGGGCCUGGCCGGGAGCCGUCUCCGUUGCUGGGGGGGACGGCACCUGCAGGCCAUGGGCGCGCGGAGGCGCGCCGCCCGCCCCCUGCUCCCGGGACGCCAGUCUCAGGAUCGCCCGAGGCGAUGAGGAUCCUUGCCGGACGAGUCCCAGGCGACGGUCCCGCAGCUCUCCGCGCCGGGAAGAAGCCGCCAGCAGCGCGGAGGACCAGCCGCAGCCCCACGCGGUCGGUCCAGCUCCUGAGCGACUCCGAGGGGGACCUCGUCGCAGCAGCCGCCGCCCGCGUGCCACCAGCGGACGCAGCUGCAGGCCGGAGCUUCGCGCAGCACAAGGCGGCCCACCCGAGGCGCGAGGGCGAGACCCAGGCGGCGUGGAAGGCGCGCAUUGGGAGGCCGCUGGCUGCCAAGAGCCGCGGCAAAGGCAAGACGGGGAAGAGCCGCGGCACGAGCACUGCUCGGCGGUGGCGCCAGAUGCCAGCCGAGGUGGGCACAGGUGUCAGCUCCAAGUUCAGGCUCGCCCUCGCGGCCCACGAGGCGGUGCACGGUUCGCCAGGGGCGAUCGGGCGAUAUGUUUGUGAGAUGUGCACUUCGCCAGACCCCACGGCCAGCUUCGCGCGGCUGCGCGAGGUGUUGCCGUUACCGUUGCCCGACGCCCCACUCUUCGAGAGGUACCGUGCCGCCUGCUACUUGCACCAGCAGUUGCCGGAGACCUGCGAGGUGGACGCCGCCACGGCGCAGGGGUGGGCCCUGCUCGUGGACUUCAGCCUGAACUACCAGUACAUGGAGCACAUGCGUUGUCCCACCGUCGCCGCGAGGCGGCCCACGGCAGGUCAGGUCAGUGCGCUCGGCAUUGCGCAGGAGGUGUGUGUGUAUUUCGUUCAGGAUGCUGCCGCAGCGUUCGAGCUCCCGGACUGGGACCAGGUCAUCGCGUCGAAGACCGACUCCUACGGGGGCGAGGAGACGUCCCGCGCCCCGCCGCUCUCGCUUGCAGGCAACAUGCCAGGCCUCCCCGCGCAGGGCGUCUCCGCAUCGGUCAAGGCGGUCGACAUUGCGGACGCUCAGGCGGGCGCCUGGCUUGCCGACCCCACGCUGGGUUUGCUCCCUCGGGAUGAGUCGCCUGCCGAGGUCCCGCGGGCGGCGAGCCAGGUCACGUCCGAGCAGGAGUGGUACCGCAUCGGGACCAAGCUCGUCGAGUGGGGGCUGGCUGCGCCGAUCGCCGACGACCGCAUCAUCAAGGUCGGGAGCCGCAGGGUGCUCGCUGGGGCGUUCGGGGUCGCCAAGGGCGGCUCGCGGUCACCCGGCCAGGCGUGCGUCCAGCGCCUGAUCAUCAACAUGGUCCCGGCCGACAGCUACCAGCGCAUUAUGAGGGACGUCAUUGGGACCCUAAGUGCAUCGCCCUCGUGGGUCGCCAUCCCGCUCCCAGAGGGCCACAUGCUGCUCGGGUCCUCAGAUGACCUGGCCUCCGCUCACCACUGCUGCGAGCUGCCCGAGGCUUGGCAGCCAUGCGUGGCCCUCGCGGAGGCGAUCCCGUACGCGCUCAUCGGUGUGCCGGAUCCAGGGAAGACACACCUCGCGCUGCUCGUCCUCCCGAUGGGCUGGAUCAACGCGGACACGGUGUUUCAGCACUGCCACAGGCGCCUCGGGGUCGGCUCUUGCCCCCUCGCUGGGGGGUUUCCCGCGGAUCUCGAGUGGCGCAAGGACCGCCCACUUCCGUUCAAGUCGAAGGAGCUCGAGCAGCAGUGGAUCCAGUACUGCAUCGACGACUGGGACCAUGGCGAGGUGGUGCCCAACGCGAUGGUCGCGGAGCUCAUCGGCACGGUGAGCUGCGCCCAGGAGAAGCAGAGGGCCGCCUACGGCUGCUCGGGGACCAGCGCUGCCCCCGGCAAGGUCAAGCCCCGCGCGCUGGUCCUGGAGCAGAUGGGCGCGGGUCUUGACGGGGCCGUCGGCCAGGUCGGAGUCACGACCGAGAAGCUGCACCGGUUGCUCGCGCUCAUCCUGUGGGGCAUGGGCAGGCAGGGCCUCUCGUCGCAGGGCGCGCUCAUGGUCCUGGGCAGGUGCGUCAGGGCAGCGGAGUUCAGGAGGCCUUUUAUGGGGUUCCUCAACAGCGUGGGGGCUGCUGGGCGCUGGACGCGACCGCAGGCUGUCCCCCUUGGCAUGUGCGACGAGCUCUUGGGCUUCGCGAUGGCGCUGCCGCUGGCAUACACCGACCUGCGCGCAAAGAUCGACACUUGUGUCAUUGCGACCGAUGCCAGUGAGCGCGCUGGAGGCAUCUGCCACACGGCUGGGCUCUCGGCGCAGGGCGGUGCCUGCGCGAGGGGAGGAGCUUCAGCAGUGACUUUGCGGCCUGGUGCAGUUGCGGCUCCUGUGCGUGGUGUGCGGUGGCGCCCUCGCAUAGCUCUCAUCGAGCUCUUUGCAGGCGCUGCUGGGGCCGCGGUGGUGGCCUCCAGACUCCCGAUCGACGUGAUCGCCCACGUCAGCUGCGAGGUUGAGCCCGCUGCCCGGCGACUGGUGCAUCGCCGCUGGGCGGGCGUGAUCGAGCUUGGCAACAUCGAGGCCGUCGACGCGGUGCGGUUCACUGAGAGGCUGAAGGGUUAUGCGCGGGACGCCGACCGGGUCGUCUUGACCGCGGGAAGCCCAAGCCAAGAUCUUGCAAGCAUCAAUGUCGUGGGGACCGAUCUAGAGGGGUCGGGGUCGAAGCUCUUCUUCCAGGUCCCCGAGCUGAUCCAGGCAGCGGAUGUUGCCUGUCCUAAGCGCACCAUGUGGUUCGUCGAGAAUGUGUUCAGCAUGACCCUGGAGUCGAGGGCGGAGUUCACCAGGGCGCUGGGAGUCACGCCCGUGUUCCUCGAUCGCAGGUGUCACACUCACAUCAAGCGGCCGCGCCUGUACUGGUGCUCGUGGCCCGUCACGGCGUUCUUGGCGUCCGACGCCACCGUCGAGACCAAGGGUGUGGGUGGGGCCGCGUACUUCAAGUUCUUGUUUGCGGUGGAGAGGCUCCCACUGAAUGCCUCGGUCUUGGAGGGCUGGUCGACGCUGGACCCAGAGGCUGACCUCCCGUGUUUCACGAGGCCGAUUCCGCGACGCCGCCCGCCGUUCCGGCCCGUGGGCCUCGACCGCGCCUCGGUGCUGGCCGCGGAGCGCUGGGCUGGCGACAGCUACCGCUACCAGGUCGACAACUACGGGGACGGCAGCCUCAUCUGGGACGCGAGGCGUCAGCGGGGCCGGCUGCCCGUGCCUGAGGCGAACUGGAACGUGGCCCCCGAUUUCCAGCAGCCAGGCCGUCGCGACCCGCAGUUGGAACGCAGCCUGUUUGUAGAGUUCCGGAGGGUCGCGGACUGCGGGGGCACGGACGUCCGGCUUGACACCGGGAGGCCCUACCGCGCCCGCGCGUGGCCGCGGGCAGCGCUCCGUACGCACCUCUGGGCCUGGCGGAUCGCCAAAGGCUUGCGCUGGCAGCGGCCCGGGCACAUCUCGGCGCUGGAGCUGGAGGCUGCAGUGGCUGGGGCGCGCUGGAGGUGCCGAGCAGUUGAGAACCACCGCUGCCGCUACCUGCACAUUCUGGAUGCCGAACCGAUCGCGGCAGUCAGCACCAAGGGCAGAUCGAGCGUGCGGGCUUUGCAGCCCGCGCUCCGCUGGCUCAACUCCCUGCUCCUCGCGACGGCGGGGUACCCGCUGUACCAGUGCUGCGACACCGUCGACAUGCCCGCCGACACGCCGUCCCGCUGGAGUUUCGGCCGCCGCUGCCACGCUGCCAGCGCUGCCGCCGGCGAGAGCCAGGUGAGCCGGGUCACGGCCCAGGCGAUGGCGCGACGAGCUGCAGCGAGGUCCCAGCCGCUGAGGGAGGCGAUGGUCACGCCGCUCACCCUGCGGCGGUACCGUGCGGCGGUCGAGGAGGUCGGUGAUUUCUGGAUUCAGGAGCACCGGCAGCCGCAGACGCCCGCUCAGGUCGACGCUGGCGUGGCCGCCUUCAUCGAGAGCCGUUGGCUGAGCGGAGGUGCAUUGGCGGCCGUGGGCCAGCGUGGCGCUGCGGCGGUGCUGGCAGCAGGCUACGACGCUUUCCUCCGGACGGGUGAGAUGACCUCGCUCGUGUGGUCUGAUGUACAGCUGUAUCCGGUCCGCCAAAUGACCGUGCUGCAGCUGCGCAACACCAAGGGCCAGCAUCAGACUGGUGCCCGUAAGUUCGUGCUCGUGCGGAGCGGUGUAGCGGUCGCCCUCCUUGCCAGAGCAAAAGCUCAGGCGCACGGACAAAACUUGUGCCUCGAGAUGGAGCCAAGCAGUUUCAUGAGCACUUUCGGCCGCGGGCGUGAGCUGCUGGAGCUGCAAGAUGCCAAGCUCACUCUUUACAGCUGGCGUCAGGAG